UCCACAGUGGACAGCAGCUUCAUCUGACUCGAGAUUUCCAGCCUGGCCCUCCUGACGUCUGGCCCCGUGAGGACUGCAGGUCUCCCGCCGCCCCCACAGUCUCCGUCCUCCAGAGCUCCCAGCACAGCGGGGUGUCCAUCAGGCUCUUCUCGAAGCCCCAGGUCAGGGUGCUGACCCCACAGUAGUCUGAUCAGCACGCGUUCAAACUCCACUUCCCACCGUGUCUAAACAAACACCACUCCUUUGAGUACUUGUGUCCACUUACCUUCCCUGGCGAGCGCAUGCGCAGCAGACAGCAGGCACGUCCGGGUCCACAGCGAGUCCGAAAGUCCCAUCACACCUUCCCAGGUGCCUGCAGGAGCCACAGCCUGGGCCACACCUGAGCUCCAGUUAAUUUUUACAGGGGUUAAGUGGAAGAAAUAGUCCUACUCUAUUUUCGGAUGUUUGAGAGCUGACACAAAGUUCAUUCCCCUCUUCUUCCUCUGCCCACUGCUGGGAAACCUGGUAAGAAGCACAGACAGCUUCUCCCUCCUUCGAUGCAGGUGGGAGAUCAAAACCACAUGAGCCCCGUCUGUGAGCGCAGCACGCGUCCCUCCCACACGCCGGAACCACAGUAAAAACCCUCAUCUGUCUCCAUUGCUGCUGCUAUCAAACCAUUUCCGAUGUGCUUGAGAGGCCUGCCCUGCUCUCAGGAGACACCUCAAUCAUGGAGGUGAUACAUUUUUCAAAUUCCUUUCUUGUGUACCUGUGGCAUCUUCAGACGGAACGUGUCUCUCAAGCUUUGGUGGGGGUGGGGGUCCCUAUGGACGGCCUUGGUGCCCACGAUGAAUACUGCUGGUGCUGUGAGUGUGGUGUCAAGGCAGUAACCGCCACUGCCACCGCCACCAGCACCAGCACCAGCACCGCCACCAGCACCACCACCGCCGGCACCGCCACCACGACCACCAGCACCAGCACCACCACCGCCACCAGGGCUUGCUUCUCUCGCCCUGGGUGUGUGAUGCUGAGGCGGCCCGGUACCCACCGCGCACUUUACGGUGCUGCUUGCUGGCAGCUUGUGCUCGGAGCUGUGCGUGUAGUGCUGCUUCGGUGACGGCAUGGAUUUAGCGGACUUGCUUCAGAAGUUGUGGUAAUUAAUCGGUAUGUACGGACAGGAGUUAGCAACGGUGAGGGACUCCCUGCCUUCCGUGCCUGGGACAGUGUUUUCCUCCGAUGGCCGCCAGCAUAUCUUCCUAGUUCAGGUUUUAGAGUGACGCAUAGAAUCAUGAGGCAGAGCUGGGCUGGGGCACACUGCUCUCAGGGGAGGAAGCCCCAGACCCUGGCAGGGAACAGCCUUGUGUUGGCAGCGCCGACCUCCCUCUGGAGGUCCCGAGAUCUCCUGGGAGGUCCUGAUUGUUACCUGCAGGCCACACGCCUCCCCCUGUGAGGAGGUUUGGGUCUGGCUCACCGUGCCCUUGGACGGCAGCAUCUUGGGCACAGUCGUACGUGCCUGCAUGCCUGGCCUUGGCACUGCACAGCGGUGACAGCACCUGGAGAUGCUGACGCAGGACUGGAGGCCAGGCAGUCCUGAGGGUGCCCCUGAGCCCAGACCACACUGACUGCUCCAGUCCCUUCCCUGGGUGCAUGCGGAGCCACCACAGGAAAGAUUCUGAAACUGGGAACACAUAGGUGACACAGGUGAGGCUGAGCCUCUCCAAGGAGACUGCCUCUUCCUCACACCUUUGUACAAUGUGGUUCUCAGCCUGGGUACCUGGGAAGAGAGAAAACUCCUGAGUCACACAGACACGUGGCCUCAUCCCAUCAUCCCAUUUCUGAAAGAAAAGUCUGAUUCUCUUCAAGUGGUUUACGAUAUGCAGUUGAGUCAGACUUCUCAUCAUGAUGUGUAGGCAGACAGAAGGGCUUGUGGCCUCUGGAUUCUGAAGGGGGAAUUAGUGCACGUGCGUAGAACUGUGCCUAUGAAACUGGGCCUGAGGAAAGCAUUUCAUGCUGUAGAAAGUACUUUAAUGGAAGGCAUAGUAUGAAAAAACAAGUUAGAGUCCAUGGUCAGCUGACAGGCACCAAAGAUUGUGAAAUAUAACUUUACAGUAAAAUGAAAAUGGACCCAGAUAGAAGAUGGGAGAAGAAGAAAGAAAUGGAAGGCAAACAGGUAACAGCCAUGUGUGUAAGCAUAAUUCAGUGGUGACUGGAGGAAAGGAGUACAUUGUCUUGUAAGGGUAUACAUUAAAAGAGUAGAAUUAACAUUCAGAAGGUCCGUGGGAAUUCGUUUGAGAGAGCAGAGCUGUGGGCACUUAGAGUGAAGCUCUGGGCCUGCACAGAACCAGGGGGUGAGGGAAACAUCAUUAGAUGUGUAUGGGCCCAUUGUCCUCAUCCUCCGCUCUGUGAAGACCCUCACGUGGACGUGGACGCGCGUGUAGCUCUCUCGCUCUCAGAGGGAGACGUAUCCAGGGUGUAGGUCCGUCCGGGACGAGCGGGCGCAUGAGGACGGGGAGGGACUUGGAGCAGCAGGCAGAGGGCACGGGGUACACGUCCUGCCCUGGGAGCUCAUCCCCGAGCACAGUCAGUUUAAGUGACGGGACUGUUUGUGAAUGAAGAGGGAAAUAUUCAGUUUGGAGGUCAGUGAAUUGUUUUCUUCUGCUCAUGAUCUGGUACUGGAUUUUUUUCCUCCCCUCAAAACAAGCACAAAAUUUCACAAGAGUGAAAUAUUUGUGUUCUUACCUUGGGCACAGUGGAGAGACGGGAUCAGCACACGCAUAGGAGGAACCUGCCGCCGUCCAGGAAAGAACCACAGAAAAGGACUAGAGGAACACCCCCUGCGGCUCUCACGUGGUCAGGAGCCGUGUCUCUCCUCACCCGCGGGGGCAAGGAAAAUAAAAUGUGACAAUGAAGGCAGCAUCAGAGCACUGGGGAAAGAUGACUCCUGCCCUACACGCUGACCCAGAAAGCCCUCAAGUCCACGGUAGCACUCGUGGGCGCAGCCUCCCGCUCUCCCACUGCAGCCCUGGCUGAGCUCACAUCCAGGCCCACCCACUGCCACGCCCUGGGACUGUUACCUAAUCCCAUUAGGAGGCCCACCCAGCAACCCCUUUUUCUCUGCCACUGUCUCCUUGGUCGGACGUGGCCACAGCAGAGGGUGUAGACCGGGCUCCUCUGGUUUCCUGCUCUUAACUGUUCUCAUUGGCAGAUGUCCGUGAGCAGGGCCCCAAGGCUGGCAGACGACCAGGUCCCCCUGAGGGCAGCCCUCCGGCUGCUUGGGCUCUGGGCGGUGCUGGCUCCAGCCCUGUGCUCUCAAGGCCGUCCCUCAUGGCGCUACAUCUCUUCGGAGGUGGUGAUACCCAGGAAGGAGCUGCACCGAGGCAAAGGCGUUCGGGUGCCAGGCUGGCUCUCCUACAGCCUGUGCUUCGGGGGCCAGAGGCACGUUAUCCACAUGCGGUGCAAGAAGUUAUUUUGGCCCGGACACCUGCUGCUGCUGACUCAGGAUGAACAAGAGGCCUUGCAGGUGGACUAGCCCUUCGUCCCUUCAGACUCUUACUACCUCGGCUACCUGGAGGAGAUUCCUUUCUCCAUGGUCGCUGUGGACACGUGCGAUGGGGGUCUCGAAGGUAUUAUGAAGUUGGAUGACCUUGCCUACGAAAUCAAACCCCUCAAGUAUUCGGAAAGGUUUGAACAUGUGGUUUCUCAGAUAGUGGCAGACACCGGUGCAACAGGACCUGCGUAUGGACCGGGACACAAGGAGGAUAGGCACCCACUGUUCCCUGAAGCAGACGUCAGCGUAGCCCCCAGGGUGGGUGCUAGGGUGUUUGCCGCACAUCAGGGAUUUAUGAAAGGAUUUGGUCAAUAUUCUAAUUCAGUGUAUCGUGUGUACAAAAAUGACUGUGUGGCAAACCUAGUACAUAUCGUUAAUUUAAUGGACUCCAUGUACCAAGGCCUUGCUGUAAGGUUCUAUCUCAUUGCAGUCCUUCUAUAUAAUGAAGGAGACCCAACUGUCAUGAAUGAGUAUAGAGUACCAGAUGGUGCAUAUGCUCGUUAUUGUAACAGGAACUUGAGACUAGCUAUAAAUCCCACUUCAACCUUCAUCAUAACUCGUGAGGGAUCACCACAAGGUCUCUUCCAGCCAGAGAUGCAUACUUUAUGUGAGCCAAGAAGUCUAGUCUUCGUUGGUUAUCUAGGCAGACAUAAUUUCCUGUUAGCUGUUGUAACAACGCAAGUCUCUGGGAGAAGUUUUGGUCUGUGGUGUGACAAGGAUGAGUGCUACUGCGUGAGAAGGAGCGCCUGCCUUAUGGCAACAUACCGCGCUAUGACAGAUGCCUUCAGUAACUGUUCCAUUGCGCACCUGCGGAACAUCGUAGAAUGUUGGGAUUGUAUCUUUAACACAACGGUGCGCUUUUUGUAUGAAAGCAUGACAAGAAUGCGUUGUGGAAACUAUCGAGUGGAGGGUUUGGAGCAAUGUGACUGUGGCUCCUUCAAGCAGUGUUAUAGCAACAAAUGCUGUAAACAAGACUGUAAGUUUGAGGAAGGAUCUACUUGCAAUGAAGGACUAUGCUGCACAAACUGUACCUACUCUGAACCUGGAACACUCUGCAGACCAAUUAAAAAUAGAUGUGAUCUUCCCGAGUACUGUUUUGGAAAAACUUAUCAAUGCCCGGAAGAUUUUCAUUUGCAGGAUGGGACGCCCUGUACUGAAGAAAGCUACUGCUAUCACGGAAACUGCACUGACCGCACUCUGCACUGCAGAGAAAUCUCUGGAACGCCGUCUAUAAAUGCUGAUGGUGUCUGCUAUACAAUAAACAAAAGAGGCAGUCGGUUUGGACACUGUUCAAGAUUUGAGGAAAAAUUCGAAUAUCAUGCUUGUAAAGACACAGAUAUGAAGUGUGGAAGGCUGCAGUGUAGCAAUGUCACUCAUGUUCCCCGGUUGCAGGAGCGUGUUUCGUUCCAUCAGUCAGAGAUCUCAGGGGUCUGGUGUUGGGGAGUAGACAGACACUAUUCCCCAGAAACAGGUGAUGUUGGUCAUGUGAGAAAUGGUACCCCCUGUGCUCCUGGGAAGUUCUGCAACAAUAACAUCUGCAGUGCUAGUAUAGAGGCAAUAGUUUAUGACUGUCUCCCUACGAAAUGCAGUCGUAGAGGAAUUUGCAACAACAGAAGGAACUGCCUUUGCCAUGUAGGCUGGGAGCCUCCACUGUGCUUAAAUAGAGCUGCUGGAGGGAGCAUUGACAGCGGACCCAGUUCCAGAAGAGUUUGCUCCAUUAAAACAAGUGUAGAAUCAGUCGUAUAUUUGAGAGUAGUCUUUGGUCGCAUUUAUGCCUUCAUAGCUGCACUCCUCUUUGGUUUGGCCUCCAGUGUUAAAAGUGUCAAGACUUCCAGAGUUCAGGAAGGCACAGUAGGUAAUUAGUGAAUUAUAAAGCAGAUUCCCGACCCCUGUACAACCAUUGGUAAUACAGACGUAAUAUCAAUGUAUGUGAUGAAAUCAGCAACGAGAGGGCAGAGCUGAAGGUCAUGUUCCAGAAGUCUGCAGGGGAUGAUGGGGGACUUCCACACACCAGGGGCGGUCGAGGGGCGUGGACGGUCUCACGUCCGGUCUCCUUGAUAGGGUGCCAAUCAGUGCUCUGAAAUAAACCUUGAAA